AUGCGCCCCAUACUUGACCAGACCAUGUAUAUCAUCAACUUCAACUUGGACUCUAAAAUGGUAGAGACAAGAUCAAAAGACAAUGACGGAGUAUCGACUCGCAAGAAGAUCUCUUUCCAAGCCCCCGAUCAUGUCACCAGUGCCGUCCUCACCCGCGGCGGUUCUACGGAGCCGACAAUGCAACCACAACCUUUCAGCUCCACGACUGACGGACAUGGAUUCAUGUACAAAAAGCUCAUACGGCCACUAGGCUUCACCGGGGGCUACAGCUUUGCCUGCUUCGUCGUCUUUGCCGGGACCCUCAUGGGCUUCACGCUGGCCCGCAUCCAGUUCAUCAACGUACAGGGCGUUAUGUGCAGCCCCGCGACGGCAGGCGGUCCCUUGCGACACGCAGCUCCUGGAGAGUGCUUCUACUUUGUCUCAGGGGCGACGCACGAGAGGUUCGGCAUCGUACUGCACCUCGCAACCGUCCUGCCGGCCUCUUUCUUGGCCUGCCUCCAGCUCCUGCCCGCCCUGAGGGCCCGGUUCCCGGCGCUCCACCGGGCGAACGGGUACAUGGUGCUGCUGCUGAGUCUGCUCGGGGUCGUGGGUGGGCUCAUGGUGACCAGAAACGCCUUCUCCGGUUCUCUGGUAACGCAGGUGGGGUUUGGAUUUGGAGCUGUGGCGUUUGUGGUGGCGCUGUGUAUGGGCUGGGUGAGCAUGAGACGCAUGCGGGUCGAUCAGCACAGGGCUUGGAUGCUGCGAGCCUGGUUUUAUGUUGGAGCGAUCGUGACGACACGAAUCCUCAUGAGCCUCGGUGCUCACGUCGUGACUGUCAUUGGCGGUUACUACAUGCCAGAACCAUGCGACAAGGUCCAGAGUAUGCUGGGACGGGAUCGAACAUUGUCAAAAUACCCGACAUGCAAGCCGUUCUUUGAUGGAGAGGUUCCCAGCCAGUACACUCUGGUAGUGGCAAAUAUGGCUGGGGAGGUUGACAACAUCAGCGCAGCACUUGAUGCGGCCGCCGGUAUGGCCCUAUGGGUUGCAUUUGUCCUGCAUGCAGCCGGGGUAGAGAUAUAUGUGAGUCUAUACCUCCAACUUAAGAACGCCAAAACUUAUGCUGACAAAUAUACACAGCUACAACUGACACCAGAAAAGUCAGCGAGACUCGGCGAGACAUGGUCACGUCGGCGAAUUAAAAUAGUUGAACCUGAUUUGACGGAGAGGCCUGGGGAUUUCGGGAGCAGGUCCAUGGGAGCGAGUGGUCAAUUGGCAAGCAUGUACGGCGUGUCCUAG